UUGCAUAAAAGAAAUUUGACAUUUCCAUCAGCUGAUAGGAUUCAAUAUGGCCGCUUAGAAAGCACGUUGUCGGAGAGAGACGCCUACUUACAAAUGAUUAUGUGUGUCGAGUGUGAGUUAGAAAGAGAUUACAAAGAAAAAUAGUGAAAGUUUUAAAAAUAUCGAAUUUUAUAAUGGCUGGUAGUGAAGAAGUAUUGGAAGGGUUUCUUUGUCCAAUAUGUGUGACAGAUUUUAAAGCACCUAUACAAUUAACGAAACAUUUCGAGGAUUUCCAUAACGAUGAUCCAGAAAUUUUAAAGUCGCUUAAAGAUCUUUUUGGUAAGGCCAAGAAGAAGAUAUUAAAACAAGAUGAAAUAUCAUAUUCUUUCGCAAAUAGCAUACCAUCAACUACUAGACUACAACGUAGCCCAGAAUCUAAUUGGGAACCUCAAGAAAUAGGUAUGAUGAGAUCGCAUACAAAGUACUUUAAAGAAAUAAGAAAUAUGAGAUUAGAGCGAUACUCUACGGAAACAAAUAAACUUCUGAUAAGGCUAGAUAAAUUAUUAAACAAUUUACCGACUGAUCCAGUUGAUAGAAAAGUCCAUGAGCGCACUAUUGUACCAUGGAUAGACGAUAAAGAUGUAAAAUUGUGUCCUAUUUGUGCAAAAAGUUUUCAUGUUGCAAGGAGAAAACAUCACUGCCGACUUUGUGGAGCUGUUAUGUGUCACAAUUGUACGAUAUUUCUGUCGUUACAAGAUGCAAAGAAAAUGACAAGUCCUGUAUCUGUACAAGAUGAUUCAGCAGUAUCUCCAACUUCCGAACGACCAAUUUCGGAACGUAUAGUACGUGCGGGUAUUGGUCUUACAAAAUUGGCAAGAUCACCAUCCAGUGGUAGUUUAAAUAGCGUACUGUCCUUGGUCAAUGAUUCAACAGGUAGCGAGCAACAUUUCAGAAUUUGUACGCACUGCGCGAAUCUGCUCGAUGCAAGAGAAAAACAAAAGGCAAAGCAUUUUGAUAAACCGAUAGUGUGUCAAUUUUACGAAAAGAUGAGAGCGUAUAUGAAAGAAGCUUCGCAACACGUGAAAAUGUACAACAAAAUGUGGGAAUCUUUAAAUGAGGGAGAAUCUACGUAUAAUUUAGAAGAUGCUCAAGCUUUAAGAAUUAAGAUCGCAAAGUUAGGCGAGAAUAUAGAUUUAAUUAGUAAAAGAAUUUCAGUACUCGGGACGAGAUGCGUAGAGAAUCCACCACAGGAUCAAGAACUUCGAUUACAUCAUAUGGUUAGAGUGUCUGCAAUGAUCUUUUUAAAAGAAGAAUUAUUAAGCGUACAAGCUUUACCUUCGGAAGAGAGAUAUGCGGAAUUACAAAAAGAACGACAAAGACGCAUAGAAGCUAGAAUUGCGUAUGAAAGACAAUUGGAAGAGGAACAGAGAGAAAGGUCGAAAGAGCAACGUAGAAAGGAAACGUGGAAUCUCGAAAUUCGACCUAUUAUGAAAGAGAAUCAGCCAAACGUGGUACUGGAUCAGUCGCAAGGUUGGGGUCCUUCUAGCGUUGCUCCUAUAAUGCCUUCUUCUAUGGACCCUAUAAUUGAGCAAAUGAGUAAUCUUCGAGCCUACAUUAAGCAAGCUAGAGCAGAUUGCAGGUAUGACGAAGUUGCAACGUUAGAAAGCAAUCUUAAAGAGCUUCAAAGCGUCUAUUUCACGAUGAAACAGAGUAACAAUAGCGAUGGAUAAACUACAGACAUGCAUAUUUGCAUUUUUUGACACAUUUGCUAGGUAAUUUUGUUUUUCUUAUUUGACUUUGAUCAAGACUUAAUUAAGUCUUCUCAUUGUAUUGAAAGUUACACGUAUCACUGUAUCCAUUUCAUGUAUUAUUGCACAAUGUGAUGUACCUUUAAAGUUCCUUUAUAUUCGUAAAUUUAAUUAUAGAUAUCAUAAUAAUAUUCGUAAUAUAUACAUUUAAA